AUGCCAGACGGAAUACCGCCCACUAUGGCUUCUGCCGAACAGAUCAAUCCCAACAUCUCCGCAUCCAAUCCCCUUGGCCUGCCAACCCCUAUACCCGAUCCCAUCACGGGCAGGCUAGAUCCAAACGAUCCCACAGUCAAAGCUUUGACCGAAGCAGCGUUAAAUAUGGAUAAGAGCAAAAUACCUAGACCUUACAAAUGUCCACUGUGUGACCGAGCUUUCUACAGAUUAGAGCACCAAACUCGACACAUCCGUACACAUACUGGGGAAAAACCCCACGCUUGUACACACCCUGGUUGCGACAAACGUUUCUCUCGUUCAGACGAGUUGACGCGACAUGCUAGAAUCCAUUUACCCCCGGCUCAAGAAAAUGGAUCGCAUAAAGGGAAGACAAAGUACGAGGAUGAAAGCGAUCACGAUGAUCAUCGUGGCCACCAUCUGCCCCACCUUGGACCUUCUUACAAUAUGGAUAUCGAUAGACACAGCUAUCCGUAUAACCUUCACUCCCUUCAGAUGGGCGCCACCAGUGGAGGAAUCAGUGACAUAUCGGCUUUAGCUGCUGCGGCUUCGGAUCAAUUGAUCGAAUUAGAACGUCAUGAGGCUUUCAGAAGAGCAGAAUGGGAACUCCGUCAUCGACAGAUAGCCGGCGCUCGAAAGUCAAAUGGCAAUUCACCUGUGGGUACACCGGGAUCAGCACCUACUGGACCUUAUGGCUUUUCAAAUGAACGCGAACGACUAUCAUUAUCUGGCGUACCAGCUCCCGGCGGCGGAACACUUGUUUACCCCGUUUCAGCCGCUCAACCUGCCAGUGGAAAUCAACCUGCUGUACCUGCUGGGACACUAGCCGAUCCCACCUAUCUCGUACCUCCCUCUUGCUGUCACGAAGAAUGUCACAAAUCAUAUCGAAAACGACUCAAGGUGGCGAAACAGACUCAAGCCUGUCCCAACUGCCUUACAAUGACUCACAAUGGCAACACACUAGGAAAUGGCGGAACUGGAGGUACGGGUCAUGGCUCAGGUGGUGGUGGAGGUGGGGAUAGUCAUCAUUCUAGCAGCUCAAAUACUCCUAAAGAUCGAUCAACACAUAACUCAUCUGAAGAUUUGACCAAAUUUUCAGGUGGUCCAGGAGGUUCAAACUAUCAUCUUCACUCGAGUACUCUGUCUCAAGAACUCGCAGCUCUACAAUAUCAACAUCUGCAAGCUUUACAAAGACAACGUCAACCCCUGUCACAUUCACCCCACAUGCCUAUGUCUUAUUCGCAAACGCAUAGUCACUCAAGACCCAACGCCAUCCCUAUUCCCGGUUCAGGUCAUCUCAAGCCAUACACUCUCGAUUUGAACUCUCAUAGAGGUCUUGCUUCAGCUCACGUUUCGGCCGCCCCUUCUCCUGCUUCUAGCGACGAUUCAGAUGACGAGCCAAUGAACGAGAUUAUCCCCAAUUCCCAUCUUGAAUUCACGCCGGCCACUUCACCUGUGUUAUCGAGUAUGAGGCAAAUGUCUCUUUGGCAAGGAAAGGCUGUAACCGCACCAGCUUCCCGAGCCACCAGUCCGGUUCUGCACUCGAGAAACCCUUCAAGACCUGGAUCACCGGUCGAAGGGCAUUCAGCCACUUCGGGACGACAUGGCCAUACUUCUCAUGCUGCCAGGGACGCCAAGAACCGAUCUCAUCCUUACACUGCUCAUACCCACCACUAUUCCACACCAAAUUCACCUCAUUUCCCACCGACUAUGGGUAGCAACAAACAUACCCGCAUGUCGCCGCCAAAAAUGCAUCGCUCGCUCAGCGGUGAUGGUAGCAGACAAAGUCACGGUCAAAGGCAAUCUGUUCAAGAUAUCUUGAAUGGUCCCUCGAUUCUACCUCCACCGGCAGAUAGGAUGUUGCCACCCCCCACUUCUUCCAGUUCAUUUACUUCUUCAGCACCAAGUGUUAGUUAUUCAAUGUCAUCUCAACCUACCUCAGCUCAACAUUCCCCCGCAACGUCCCGAGCUUCAUCACCUGUUCAUUCGACACAUGCAGCUGCUCAACCACAUAUCAUUCACGGUGUCAGAGCCGCGUUUGGAAUGACACCGAUUUCAGCAUCAAACUCUCCCAAUACUAAAGAAGGUAAAAUGGCUCAAAGCUUCUCACCACCACACAAAUUGGCUCCAAUGGGCAUGUCAAUGUCAAUGCAUGAUAAUCAUGGGCACGGACACAGAUUACCUAGUUUGAGUAGAGGAAACAGUCCUGUACAUUUUGGUGGAAUGGGCAUGGAAGUCGAUGGUACAGCCUGA